AUGUACUGGUGGCAACAGGGAUGUACUGGUGGCAACAGGGGUGAACUGGUGGUGGCAGGGGUGUACUGGUGGCAACAGAGGAACAACGGUGCCUACGUGUCGUAUGCCACGAAGCUGAUGCCGCUGCUGACCGUUAAAGAAACGCUGCACUACACCACCGACCUCUACUACAGCCGGAGAAUGCCCAGGAAACGCAAACACGAAAAAGUCCGCUGUGCUGUGACAGAGCUGGAUCUCGUGCUGAUAGAAGAUGACCUUAUAAGGAACGUGACGGAGAGCGAGAGGCGGAAGGUCGUCAUCGGUCUUCAGUUACUAAGAGACCCUCUCGUCGUGCUGGUCGAGGAGCCAAUGACGGGCAUGGACAGUUUCGGCGCCAACGCCAUAGUGGCGCUGCUGUCGCGUUUUGCGAAGAAGUAUUCGCGUAUCGUGCUCUUCACCGCACACCGGCCGCAGUCGGACAUCUAUCCGAUGGUGGACAAGGUUGCGUACCUGUGUAGCGGCGAGGUGGUGUACACAGGGUACACCAAGAGCAUGUUGGAAUAUUAUCACAAAAUUGGUUGCCCGUGUCCUGAGUUUGAGAACCCGCUCGACUUCUUUCUUACGAUGGCCAGCCUAGACAGGAGAACUCCCGCAAGACUUCUAGAGACAACAACUAACGUGGACAAACUAAAAGUAAAGUUUGAGCAAUACGAGACCCUACACCAGCCAUACUACGGAGAUAGACGAGAUGAGUUUAAUAGGAUUGACGUUUAUCAAUCGCGGCGACCAAUGUCUUCGUGGGGACAACCAGGAUUCGUGUCAAAGAUCUUCACAUUGACAAGGCGAGCAACAUGGCAUCUUUGUCGCGACUGGCGCCAUCUAUCGGUGAGACUGCUCCAGCUACCUCUGUUUGCUAUUCUUCUCUUUCUGUUCGUGUGGAGGUUGCAGGAGAACCAAGCCGGCAUCCAGACGCGACUUGGCGUCUUGUUUUACUCGUUUGCGGGGACGUCGUUUCUGUCAUGCCUGACAACGCCGUUUCAUUUCGCCUUUCAUCGCAACAUCUACCACCAGGAGGCGCGCGAGGGCAUCUAUGGCGGACACUCGUUCGUCUUGUCUCAGAUGCUGUACACAGUUCUCCCCAACUUUGCUGGCGUCUGCGGUGGCGCUGCUAUAAUAUAUUGGGCAUCGUUGAUGGCGACGGACGUCGCGAAAUACUUCAUGUUCGCGCUGACGAUAUGGUGCGUCUAUAGUUACGCCGAGGUGCAGACGAUUGCCGUCAUGUGGUUCGUGGGCGACCCGUUCGUUGCCAUGGAGAUCAGCAGCUUCAUGAGCAUCGUCAGCCUCGUCGCCGGCUCCGGAUUCCUCAGGCCCAUCAACUCGUUACCAGAUUACGUCUACGUUCCGACGUUCGCUACGAUUCAUCGCUAUGCCGGCUACGUCGUUGCCGACAAUGAGUUCACGGACAUGGGCAACGACACGUGCGACAACGAGGACUACCGCGGCGACCUCUGCCGGUACACGUCGGGUCGUGACGUCAUGUCGAAGCUGUGGCCGGAGAACAAUGGGAUCUCGUUCAGCAGUUUUCAAAUAAUGUUCAUUUUGUACGGAGUCUUGUGCGUGAUUGCAGUGGUACUCCACGCUACCCCGUGGAGGAGGAAAUCUUCGUAGUUUGAAUAAACAGGUGAACAAGGGAGGAAGCUGAACAAUAAUAGCGAGAGGUGCUGAACGCUGGCAUUUCUCACCUAUUUUUAUACUUUAUACUAUUUUGGAUAAUUUAUUGUUUAAUUAAUAAAUUAUUGUUUAAUUAUUGGAUCAAUUGUCGAAGACAUUUAAAUGAAUUCAAAGACCGUAAACAAUGAGACAACCUACACCAACUAGAGUAGUAAAUUCCUUUAUUUGUAAGCCCGUAAAUUACAAUACGGAAAUAUUUUAACCUUUUUUUGUAAACAGUUUUUUAAAAUUUACGUAUGGUAUAAUG